GGUUACGAGAGCGCAGACGCCGACUAAAAGCAUCGAGGAUAGUACCCGGCACCGUAGCGGAGUACCGGACAGAGCUAGCUCGUCCGUAACGCUGUGUUCGUCUUGGCAACGGGUCGGUCUUUAUCCAGGGCGCACGAGCCACGUUCACCUGCUUGCCCCCCAAACCGAACCGAACCGAGCGCGCGAUCAUCGGCAAACGCAACAAUCGUUGUUCCUGGUCGCGAGCGACCCGUCAACCGGCCGAGUCGAACCACUUUUGGAAUCGCGGGUUGCCGGCUGAUCAACGAGGGACCGCUUUCCCGCGCUCCCAACCCGAUUCACACUUCUCACCUGUUAACCGAGCCGUCGCGCUCCUCUUCUCUCUUCGAGGUGUUCAGGAAAAUCCCUGCACAAAUGAUGAAAGGUCGGCAUCAAUUUCGCCGUCGUUUCAGUCUACAACCAUCGUCGCUGAAGGAGGGCCAGGAAGAUGGUACGACGAAAAACGUUAGAAACGAGAGGCUGUCGGAAUCGGACAGCGGUGGCGGGAAGCACGCGGAAAGUUCGAUAAGGCACAAGAUCGUUGUGAUGGGGGCGGCGAAAGUGGGGAAAUCGGCGAUAAUCAAUCAGUUCCUCUACAACACGUUCACCCCCAAGUACAAGAGGACGGUGGAGGAGAUGCAUCACGGGGAUUUCAACGUUUCCGGUAUACAAUUGACCCUCGACAUCCUGGAUACAUCGGGCUCGUACGAGUUCCCCGCGAUGAGAGAUCUGUCCAUCAAGUCGGCGGACGCGUUUAUCCUCGUGUACGACGUCCACGACGCCAACACGUUCCUCGAGGUGAAGACGCUGAGGGCGCAAAUCCUCAACACGAAGGGCGCGGUGCCGAUCGUCGUCGUUGGCAAUAAAGUCGAUUUGAUCGACACCGAGAAACAGGUGGACACGGACAGCACGAGAGAGUUGGUAACGAUGAAAUGGGAGAACGGUUUCGUGGAGGUGUCAGCGAAGGAGAAUUUGAACAUUUCACAGGUGUUCAAGGAGCUUUUGAUCCAGGCCAAGCUGAAGUACAAUCUGAGCCCGGCAUUGAGACGUCGCCGCAGGCAAUCAUUGCCACCGCCCCAACAUUUGAAUUCUCGCAGCAGCAGCGCACACGUCCCGUCCCCGGCUCAGCUGCAGCAUCUGCAGCAGAUCCGUGAACGUUCCGAGUCGAAAAGGAAUUCCUGCAUACUGUCGUAAACGAAAAUCGAAUGGCCGACUGUUUCUCACCUGAUUCGAGAGGAGGAAGGGAUGAUGGAAUCGACGAUCGCCACGAGCCGAUUCUCAAAUCGA